UUCGCAGAACGUCAGAAACAAGGCGGAAGCUCGGCCUAAGACGCCAGGCGGUGGUUGGAAUGAGCCUGAGGGACGUUUACAGUGAGCGUGCCAUAAUUUAAGCUGCCACUGAAUGAAGUGAAAAAAGAUGGACACUCAGGACCACCAGCCAGCUUCAGAUGAACUUCAGGAGCAAUUUCAAGCUCUGACACAGGAAAAUCUUCAGCUGCGUGACAAAAAUGAGCGGCUUUUCGCCAAAGUGGGCUACCUGGAGAGCAGGCUGGGCCACCUGGCCAGCUCCAACACUGAUCUGUCCUGCAGGCUGGUCCAGAGUGAAGAGGAAAAACUGAAGAUAUCUAAGGAGCUUGUGGAGGAGAAAAUUCAGACCAACAAGAUGAGAGAGCAAUUUGAAGAAGAGACGUUUGAGCUGAAAAACAAGAUACUGAACCAAAACAGUGUGAUAACAGAGCUUGAGAUGGAGCGAGACAAGUUAUCCAGAGAUCUCCAGUCCGCUGAGGCUCGUCUGAAAGUGGGAGAGAAGGGCGGUCAAGACCUGACAGAAGAGUAUGCCACUCUGAAGAAGAGCUACUUGGCACUGGCUGAGGCCCAUGAUAAAGAGCUGGCCCAGAGCGAGGAGCUGAGCGCCGAGCUGCUGGCACUGGCUCAGGCCCAGGACGCCCUCCGCAGGCAGCUGGAGGAGCAGCAGCAGAGUGUGAAGACCACCACCCAGGGCCUUCACGGAGAGCUAGACAGGGUGAAGGCCUUGAUCAGCCGCAUGUCGCACAACAGAGUCAAGCCUGAGGAUCUGGCAGCUUUGGACAAGGAGCAAAAAACUAUGGAAAGAACGCUUCUUGGAAACCAAGAUGAGAUCAAAGACUUGUUGGAGAAAAUGAAGAACAGUUACGAGCAGCAGCAGAAGAAACUGGAGGAGAAAGUGGUGGCUAUGGGUAAAGAGCGCCAGGAGAACAAGAGAGCCGUCCACAAUAGCCAGCAGAAACUAUCUGAGCAGAAUGCGGCCCUGAUGUGCUCUCAGAGCCAAGUGAAGGAGGUAGAGGAAGAGAACUCAAAGCUGCAGCUUCAAGUCAAAGAGCUGAAUGAGGAAUAUCGUGCAAGGCUGGUGUGCUACGUACAGGACGUAGCUGGUUACAUCGAUGGACUCAGAAAUGGUAAAACUCCUUCAGAAGGAACAAAGAUGAGGGCGUUUGUGGAAAGCAUGCUGCAGGAUGUGCGUUCAUCCUACAGGGCCAGGGAGGAACAGCUCGCUUCUGCUGCUCGUUCCUAUAAGAAGAGGCUACAGAAGAUUACCAAGAGCCAUCAUGCCCUCCUUAUUGCAUACAGGGUUCAGAGGGAGCAGAUCUUGGCCAAAGCGGACAGCAGUCUUGACCCUGGACCUCCAGAGGCCCACUUCAGCCUGGAGCCCACUGAGCUGAGAGACGAAGCUGAGAAGGAGCUCCAGCACCUUCGUCAGGACAAGGCGAGGCUGGAGGGUCAGCUGCAGGCGGCCCAAGAACAGGCAGCUGCCCUCCAAAUGCCUCUUCAAAACUUAAGCUGUCAGGAGCCGGCAAAAGUGGAGCAGACAUGUGAGGAAUCCUGGCUGGACAUAAGGACGCAGCUGAAGGAAAUGACAGGCUCUACACUGGUGGACUUUGAGAAGGAGCGUGUCCUGCUCAUCACCAGAGCAACAGUUGCAGAGGCGCAGGUGUUGGAGUUGCAGGACUACAUUGACAAGCACCUGGGCAGGUAUAAAGAGGAGAUCACACAUCUCCGCAGACUGUAUGGGAUACAGGAGACGGGGCGUUCUCAGCGUGCUAAUUCAUCUCUCCAGUGAGAAAGCUGAACUGAAAUCUGAACUCCAGUCAUAUACUGCGGACUAAUUUAGAUUGUACCGUUUUAAGUAAAAAAUCUGACACAUACAUAAUCUGAAAAUGAAACUGUAGUCCUAAACAUUUAUUUCUGUGAUAUCAUACAUAAAUCAGACAUUGUAAUUCCUGUUAAUCCAUAUUCCAUAUAAAUCUGUCUUUAAAAAAAACCUGCUUUAAGCAUUUAAACAUGCUGCGUGACUAUGGUGCGUUUACACCGUCACUAGGUGGUGCUGCUCAUACUGGUGGUUUUCUCUAUGAAAGGCCCCCAAAGAAAUCCGGCCUUGAGAAAAAAAUGCCUGGAAUGUUUGUAAAGCUUAUGUCAAUUUCACGAGCUCGGGAGAAGAAAGCGUGGUGACAAUGAGGGGUCACCCUGGUGAGAAUAAUGUCAUUACAUGUUACCCAGACACGUACACGCCUGUGAAUACUUUCCCCCAAUGCCCGGGCUGAGAACUGUGGCGCAAACAAGCCAGGCUUUUUCCAGAGUGAGGGUUCAUAUUUAUAACCUCAGCGUUGGUUUGAAUAGGCAACUAUUCCCUUUAAAUCCCUUUAACAGUGAAAGGGUCUGAUUUUUUUUAUCCUAAGUCUUUUGGUGCCUGGGUUUCAUGUUCUAGCCAACAACUGACAUAACUUUAAAAAUAGGAACUCCCUCUACAUGUGGCAUUAAUUGAAAAGUUUUACUAACAGUGUCAGUAAGUUUAUGUCCAAACAAGCUUUAUGUUUAAAAAAGUUGAGGCAAAAAUACUCAGGGGGAUGAUGGGAAAAGUAGAGGAGAUGGAAAGAGUCAUAGGCAUGUCACCCCAAUCCCCUUUUCAGGGGGCAUGCCAGCCAUGGGAGGGGGGUAGCAGGGGUGUGAAAGUUUGAGAGGAAUGGGAAGUGGGAUUUUGUUAGUAAUGUAUUACACUCCCAGGGCCCUGGGAAAAGGGGUGGGGGGUGUUCAGCUUGGGUUUGUGCCAGCAUAGUCACUGUGCCAAAGCGCUGGGUGCUGGGGACCACUCCUCUCACCGGCAGAUCUGUGGGAAAAUCAAAACCAGGUUGUUCUUUGCUGCUGCUCCGCCAACAAAGACAGAGAGGUGAUGCGUCUGCCGGGGCCACUGCAAACCUAUUCAAAUUAAAUGCACUCUGAGUAAACAAAUCAAGAAAAGUAUAGGAAAUUGUAACAUUAUAAAUGCACUGUAUUAGGGGUUUGUCUGGUGCACCACAGCUGGACCCCAAGGAGUUGUGUCAAAGUUUUUUUCCCUACUUGGGGCAUUUUGGAAAAGUUGAUUUCUCAGGCUGUGAACAGCUGUUUAUUGACUAGUAUACCAUGUGUGGUCACUUUUAUGCUGUAAAUAAUAAAAAUGAUAAUAGAUUAGAUACAGCUGGUCUAAGAAAUUAAAUGUGGCAACAAAAUAAACUUUAAAUUAUAAUUUGAACAUUGAAUUAUAACAUUGAUAACUCUCUGUCACAGCACUGCUGAGCUGUGAAAGUGGAAGGUUGAGUCAGACCACUAUUAAAAAUGUGAAUGAUUUUAAAAAGGAUACACAGAACAUUAGCAUUCUGAUUGAUGUGAAAUCGUUGUACUGUAAGGCCCUGACCUGAUCAACUCUGCAACUGCAAGUAAA